UUGCCAAUGAAGUAUAUCCUGGUUACUGGUGGGGUCAUCUCUGGCAUUGGAAAAGGGAUCAUUGCAAGCAGCAUUGGAACUAUCCUCAAAUCAUGUGGCCUCCGAGUGACUGCCAUCAAAAUUGACCCCUAUAUUAACAUCGAUGCUGGGACUUUUUCACCCUAUGAGCAUGGUGAAGUGUUUGUAUUAAAUGAUGGAGGAGAAGUUGACCUAGACUUGGGAAACUAUGAAAGGUUCUUGGAUAUUAACCUUUAUAAAGACAACAAUAUCACUACUGGGAAGAUCUAUCAGCAUGUAAUCAAUAAAGAAAGGCAUGGUGAUUACUUGGGGAAAACAGUACAAGUUGUUCCUCAUAUUACUGAUGCUGUUCAGGAAUGGGUGAUGAAUCAGGCCAAAAUUCCUGUGGAUGGUCAUAAGGAAGAACCCCAGAUAUGUGUCAUAGAGCUGGGUGGCACUAUUGGAGACAUCGAAGGCAUGCCAUUUGUUGAAGCAUUUAGGCAGUUCCAGUUUAAGGCAAAAAGAGAGAACUUCUGCAAUAUCCAUGUUAGCCUUGUCCCACAGCCCAGUGCCACGGGAGAACAGAAAACCAAGCCUACGCAAAAUAGUGUUCGGGCUUUGAGAGGCUUAGGAUUGUCUCCUGACCUGAUUGUGUGCAGAAGUUCAAAGCCCAUUGAAAUGGCCGUAAAGGAAAAGAUAUCCAUGUUUUGCCAUGUGGAACCCGAGCAGGUGAUAUUUAUCCAUGAUGUUUCUUCCACUUACCGAGUGCCUGUCCUUUUGGAAGAUCAAGGUAUUGUCAAAUAUUUUAAAGAGAGGUUGGACCUGCCUAUUGAUGACCAUGCAAGUGACCUGCUUUUCAAAUGGAAAAAUAUGGCUGACAGGUAUGAAAGAUUACAGAAAACGUGCUCCAUAGCCUUGGUUGGCAAAUAUACCAAACUCAGUGACUGCUAUGCAUCAGUAUUUAAAGCCUUAGAACACUCUGCUUUGGCGAUUAAUCACAAAUUGGAUUUAAUGUAUGUAGAUUCUAUUGACCUAGAGCAGUCUUCUGAGGUUGAGAACCCUGUGAGAUUCCAUGAAGCGUGGCAGAAGCUGUGCAAAGCAGAUGGUAUUCUAGUUCCAGGAGGCUUUGGCUAUAGGGGCACAGAGGGAAAACUCCGGGCAAUUUCUUGGGCAAGAACAAAGAAAAUACCUUUUCUGGGAAUUUGUUUAGGGAUGCAAUUGGCAGUAGUGGAAUUUGCCAGGAACUGCCUUAAUUGGAAAGAUGCGGACUCUACAGAAUUUGUACCUAACACUAGCAUUCCUGUUGUGAUUGAUAUGCCUGAACAUCACCCUGGUGAAAUGGGAGGAACGAUGAGGCUAGGGAAAAGGACAACAGUCUUCAAAACAGAGGAUUCCAUUUUAAGGAAACUAUAUGGGGAUGUUGGUUGUGUAGAAGAACGACACAGACAUCGGUAUGAGGUUAAUCCAGAAUUAAUCCAGCAAUUUGAAGAGAAAGGUUUGAAAUUUGUAGGUCGAGAUGUUGAAGGGGAAAGAAUGGAGAUUAUUGAAUUGGCAAAUCAUCCGUAUUUUGUUGCUGUCCAGUUCCAUCCUGAAUUUUCUUCUAGGCCAAUGAAACCUUCUCCUCCAUACCUGGGUCUGUUGCUUGCAGCAACUGGUACACUUAGUGCUUAUCUUCAACAAGGUUGCAAAUUGUCUUCAAGUGACAGCUACAGUGAUCUUAGUGAUGACAGCUUUCCUGAAAGGAAGAGUCCUGAAAUAGUAACAAAUUUAGACUCCCCAUGAGCAAAGAGACUC